AUGAAGCAUGGCCUGUUUCUUAAUCCUUCACGAGGGGAUCCUCAGUUCUUUGAACCUGGGCCUGUUGGCGACAUUGUCAGCCAGAUGGGCACUCGUCAGAUCUGCUUGAUGUUUGGGUUUUCAGGUCAGAGCAAAGUUGCAGAGGCUGAGGCUCGUCCUGACAGUGAGAAGUGGUACAAGUACAUCCGACUCCUUCCUCUCAACCAAGAGUGGGAACGGUACAUCGCAUUUAUGGCUACAAAUAUUGGUCAGGAUGGGUUUUAUAUGCCUACGGGGAGGAAGCAAGCAAGCAUGGAGUUCUCUACAAAGUGGGGAAAGAUGGGUGCUGGUAAUGGUGAAGAUGACGAUGAGGAUGAACUAUUUGCAGUGUUGAAGGGCGCAAAGUUUGGCAAGUCUCAAAGUGGACAUGCCAGUAGUUCUCGUACACCGGGCAAUAUCAUUACUGGGCAUUCGAUCACACCUCUUGCGCUCAAUCAUUGGGACCAAAUCGCAGUAUACGAUUGUACCAGGUUCUUCCAGGGUAAGGAUAGUCGAAAGCUCAACGAGUCCUUUGAUUUGGCAAAGGUUCGUGCAACUUGUCCUUUGUGGAAGAAGGAGGUACCGGUUGGCUCGUUCAUUUGCGUUCUUCACUCCCCCGUCAAAUGGAUGGCUGCAGCUAAGACUGACAAUCCCAAGUUGUCUUUGUCCUUGAAUUUGCUCGCUAUUUGUAUCAUCGUAUCGCGACUGUAG